AUGAGCUCGUGGACAUGGAUUUUUCAAUCGGUUUUUUGUUUACUGGCAUUACGCUCAUAUGAAGGUGUAGCAUACAGGGUAACUGGAGUACCUAACACCCUUAACCUUAGUAUUCGGAAUCAAAGGCAGUUAUGGUAUUCUCUUACAGCAAAUGAAGGCGUUGGAGGCACUCCUCCCUCUCAGUAUCUGGUUGUUCAGCCACCAUUGAAGGCGCUAUGGGAUGUAAUAAGCGAGUAUGUAGUACCUCUUUGUCAUUCGGAAUCGAAUGAUGGGAAGGCAAAGCCACUUCCCAUUCUGUUGAGCUGCAGCGGCGGCCAGGAUUCUAUGGCAAUGCUGCAUGCGCUAGGAUUAAUAAAGCGAUAUGCAGGUUCCUUUGUCAGGUCUAGCCCAUGGGGGCGUAUCUUUGGAGAGAAGGAUGCUGUCGACUACGAGUUGAUCCAUCAGACAUUGCGCAAAUUGCUUGCAAAUGUGCACGUGGUGUAUUUCGACCAUCGCGUCCGCGAUGACACCAGCAAGGACAUCGACAUUAUUCGAUCCGUCUGCUCUGAUUAUGGGUUUGAUUUUACUGUUGAGGCGGCUUCUGCCUCAAUAGUGGAUCUGGGUCGCGGCGAGAGUUCUGGCAACUUUCAGGGAGCCGCUCGUGAAUGGCGCCGCGAUGUUUACAAGCGGCUUAUAAUUGAACUUCCGAUUGUUGACUCUGCUGCAUCCUCUGGGGAUGGUUAUGACGGCAGCGCGGAAAGUGCUCAGAUAUUUAACCGGAAUGUACUCACACGGGAGUCGGACAGUCUGUUAGAUAAACACGUUGACCGCGCGCACUUUCAUCGCGGUAUUCGAGGCGUGGUGCUCUUGGCACAUCACGCAAAUGACAAUGUAGAAACAUUCGUGUUCAAGCUGUUGCGGGGAGUACAUGUGAGUAACCUCAGCGGUAUAGAGCGAAUCUGCUACCUUGAUGAUGACAAAGAUAUUGUCAUUGCGCGCCCAUAUCUGCGGUUGACGAAAGCAGAAUUGGGUUCAUUUCUAGAGAAUGUGGGUGGUACAUACUGCGAAGACUCCUCCAACUCGAGUUCAAAGUACCUACGUAACCGAAUUCGCCGCGCUGUGGUACCUGAGUUAUUGAAGGCCACAUCCAACGAUAACAACGUUGAUACGUCGUUGAAAGGCUUAGACAAACGCUUUUGCACAAUCUCUGCGCAAAGUCGCGCUGUCAAGAAAUUCCUGGAUCUUGACACAUAUAUGUUCAGUAAGUAUGUGGCUACCAAGUACAACCUGCCCAACCGCGUUAUGCCUCCACAAGAGCCACACGUUGGAGUUGGCGGUCAUGCUGCCACGGAUCUAUCGCAUUUAGAGGAAGCGUACAGUACGUUUUACAGUCGCAUGUAUGCAGUAACCUAUGGCAAUACCGUAUGCGAAAAGACCCGCAGAUAUAUACGGACACUACAGUUUCUUCGCAACCUAGGGUUCAACACCAAGGAGGUGUUGCUGAUAAGGGAGUGGUUGCUUGUUCAGAGCGAGCUCACGCGCCAGGAUAUUUUGUACAAAUUCAUUUUACGAGAAUUGGGGAAUGAUUUGCAGUUGGACUACAGCGCGUUGGAGCGCAUUAGCUUGGCUUGGUUCGAUAAUCCCGUGUCGGAUAUGCCUAAAAUGCAUUCCCUGCGCGGUGACAGGGCGAUGUGUCACCAGGGGAGCAUGGUCAAGAUAUGUAGACCGACAUCUUCUGCGAUUCCUGCGUCUGAAUGUGAAGUGUACGAUGACGGACGUUGCAGCUUUCGCGUUUUCGACAACUUUACUGCAACAGUAACGCCGUAUUCUGCUGCGGAUGCAGAUUCCGGAUUCCAUCUGAAGCUUUCCGUUCCUCAUGAGGGAGCGGGAGGGAGACCUGCCGCCUACGACAUCAGGAAGUUGAGAGAUGAUGACAUAGUGCCGUGCGACACAUUGUGGAACCGUAAGGCUGCUUCGGUACUCGCCAAAAUGAAUUUCCCGCAUAUUCUGAAGGAUGAGCUCCCCGUUGUCGCUGUUCGAGACAGCAAUCAAGUAGUAUGCUUCUACGGCGUUAAUGUUUUGGCGCCUUACUAUGUCAACGCGCCUCAGCACGUCACGGUGUCAUUCGGGAAAGAUGCUGCGGCAUCACGAGGAAUAACAGUUUACUACAUUAGGGUAACUGGGAAAUAA